AUGGUCGUCGGGCUGCUACUCCAGAUUUUCGAGCCGCUCAUCACUCUUCUACACAGAAAUGAAGAGCUCUUCGGGUCACGAGUAGCCCUGCACACCCCUGUCACGCCAGGUUCUCAGCAUAGAAUAACCUCAUUGUGCGAGAUACCGCGAAUCCUACACCAAACCACCGCCACCGAGACGGUUCCAGAAAAGUGGAUAGAGCCGCAGCAGAGUUGCAAAGAGGCCUAUUCAGACUUUGAAUACAAGGUAUGGACCGAUGAGUCGGCUCGAAACUUCCUCUCCGUCGAAUAUUCCUGGUUCGUGGAUAUAUGGGAUGCCUACCCCUUCCCAAUCCAGCGUGCAGAUGCUCUGCGCUAUUUUGUUCUGCAUCAUUUUGGUGGUGUCUACCUUGACAUCGAUACCUGGUGCAAUUAG